GCGUUUUUUUAAAAAAAUGAACGCGAUACUCCUAUCUCGCGGGCAGCCACCGCGAACACCUAGCCUUCUUGCAUUUAGCGACUAUCGUGAAGCAGAGCAAGCUAAUGGUGCCAAGCAUUCUUCCGUAACUGCGAACGGCGUUCUUCUGGAGUACGAGACGUUGGAGUUGCGUGUACACCCGCCAAACGUCAAUAUUGACAACGAGACUUAUGCUGACCGGACUCUUAUCACUCUUGACUCUGCGAACCGGCCAGGGACUUUGGUUGAGGUUGUACAGCUACUCACAGAGCUUGGGUUGUGUGUCAUUAAAGCUCGCAUCUCUUCAGAUGGAGGCUGGUUUGUCGAUGAAUUUUCUGUCACUGAUGCCGGAAAGAAGGUCACAAAUGAACGCAAGCUGCGAGCCAUACGAAAGGUUCUAUCCGUUGAUGCAGACCCGGGGUCUGAUAACGAAAGUGGAGUCGAUAGUGCGUUUGAGGAGGCUUCCCAGUGCUCGACACUCUUUGAACUAGCAGGCAACGACCGCAUUGGCCUCCUAGCAGACGUGAUUGAGCUUCUUAAAAUUAACGGCUGCGAGGUCCGGAGCGCGGCGGUUUGGACGCAUAACCUGCGCUGUGCCUUCGUUAUUAGCGUAUUGGACUGCUCUACGGGGCUGCCAAUCAAGGACAACAUCAAGCUGGCGCGGCUCCGGCAGCUGUUGCUUAACAUGAUGCACACACCAGGGGACGUCGCCGAAUCUGUCGUUAACGUGUCCAACACCAAGGGCCUCAUCCACUACGAGCGACGGCUCCACCAGUUGCUGCUGCGGGAGGAGGAGGCCCAGUGGAGACGCCAGACCGGCCUAGCUGCACGGUAUGAGCAGGAUAUCGCGGAGCUGCAUGCACUGCAGGAGCGGCGCUGGGCGGGCACACAUGGUCCCGGGGCAGCUGGUGCCGCGGGCCCAGGGCCCGGCUCUGCAGCAGCAGGAGCUGCUGCUUCUGCUGCCUCAGGCUUUCAGCGCACCGCCAAUAUCGGGGGCCGACCCCAUCCCCCACCGCUACAGCCCUUCUACUCGACGUGGCUUCCAUCACUACCCUCACCUGGCUCAGGAGGUGCAUCCACUGGUGCCUCGCUUGGGGCACCACCGUCCCCAAAGGAAGGGAGUGCAGUUUCAGUGGGCUCAGCAGUCGCCGCGGCCGCAGCUGCAGCCAACGUUGCUGUUGCAACGGGAUCGCCAAAGGUGGGGAGUCCCGAUGGCAGCACGCAUGGUGGAGCAAGCGCAAGCUGCGCCACUUCAUCUGCGGAUGCCCAGACUGGCGUCACGGGGCCAAAUGGCGUGCCUAUAUCGAGCGCAUCAGAGGCCGCUUCGGGGACGGACGCAUCUGGGAACAACGGGAAAGCAAACGGGUCUGCUCCUUGCACGGGCACAACAACAACGGGCUCUGGAUCUGGCUCUUUGGCAUUGGCUGAUGUGUUGACCCCAGCUGCGACGCUGGCGGCACCGCCUUCACCCUCACCACCGGUCGCGCCGCCGGCUUCGUCCGCCCAAAAGCCUGAAGUCUUUGUUCAGCACUCGAAACAACGGGACUACUGGAUGGUCAACAUACGGUGCCGGGACCGGCAGAAGCUGUUGUUUGACACUGUCUGCACACUUGCGGAUCUGAACUAUGACGUCUACCAUGGCGCUGUGGACUGCGAGCUGGAUCGUGACAAGGCCGGUGCGAAAGUCAGCAUCGCAGUGCAGACUUUCUACAUGCGACCCCGGUAUGGCGACGCGUACUGGGACCCGCGCAAGGCGGCCAAACUCAAGUACAUGCUCGAAUGUGCCAUCCAGAGGCGGCAGCCGCAGGGCACCAAAGUGCAUAUCCAGGGGGCACCAAGUAGCGGGUCCGGAGGCUCCGGAGGCGCGCCAGCAGCCGACCUGCCGGCGCUGACGGCAGUAUGGCGCAAGUUUGGGUUAUGCAUCACUCGUGCUAAGGUGCGCGCACUGGCGGGAAGUGCUGGUGAGCACACAUUUUACCUGGUGGAUAACUUCGGCCGCCCGCCAGCGGAAGCUGUGGUUCAACAGGCCUGUCAGCAGAUUGGCGGUGUGCGGCUUGCUCGGCCAGACGUGAGCGGACCAGUCCAGGGCGGCACCUCUGCACCAGGACCAGCGGCGGCCAUGAAGUUUGCCUUCACAGUGCUGACUCGGCCAAGCUGGUCGGCGAACCAAGGCAGCCCUUCGAGUAGCAUUCCAGACUCCAUUUAG